AUGUCAAAAGCAACAAACACCAAGCUCAUGGACACCGAGCCUGGCGGGGAGAAUACACAAUACGAAUCCCAAGCCACAUUCAUGAAAUCGCCCAAGAAAUCAACCGGCCAAUUCGGCAACGCAGAUGCAGGCGAGCCCAACGAAGCAGACUGUCAGGCUGCCGCCGAGAAGGCCCAGCGUGGCGAAAAGACAGCUGAGAAUAUCCGGUACGGGCAAGCGAUUAGCGAGCAUGGGUUUGGGGGGGAGACGGUGAUGGGAGGUUCGGGCGCGCCUGUGGGGGAGGGGCAGGAUUCUGCUGCUGCUGCUACGGAGCAGGCGAGGAGGGCGCAAGGAUACGGGGGAGGGAGUGAUGUUGGUGCAUGA